GAGUAUGGUCAACUUAUAAUAACAAAUGCAUCACCAUCAGAUGCUGGAGAAUACACUUGUACUGUCAGUAAUGUACAUGGAGUAGCUAACAUCACAGUUAUAUUGGAUGUACUAGUACCUCCUGUACUUCAGUAUCAGCCCAAGAGUGAACCUCCAUAUGUUGAUUGUAGUUAUAAUAUUUCUAUCAGAGUUACCAGCAUACCAAAUCCUCCAGUUAAUUCUUCAAGUAUAGCAUUUAAAAGGAUUGACAAUGAAAGUUUGUCUCAAGUUGACAUAAUUUAUGAUGAAUCAAUGAGACUGGUUAAUAUUUCAUUCACUAAUAUCAGUGUUAGUGAUACUGGAACUUACCAACUGACUGUAAAGAAUUUAGCUGGAGAAGACACUGUUGAUAAUAUCUCAUUAAAUGUCAAAGCUCUUCCACUUAUUUUUACUUCUUCGAGAAGCAUUUUAUUGAAUGAGAGUGAAUCUACAUUAUUAGAAUGUAAAGCUGAUGGUUUGCCUCCUCCUUCUAUCACAUGGCUAGCAAACAGACGACAGAUUGGAGGAUUGAGUAGUACGUUUACUAUCACUACAGUAGCAACUGAUAGUGUUAGACAAGAUGUGCCUACUUUUACUAGUAGGCUAAAUGCUACUGAUCUACUUCCAACUCAUAAUGGUAGCUAUGAGUGUGUGGUUGAGAACCAGGAAGGAACAGCAAGAAUACAGUACAACAUUUCAGUAAUACCAAAGAAUUUCUGUGUAUCCAAUCCAUGCAGAAAUGGAGGGACUUGCUCCAGUGGAACUAGCAGUUACCGUUGCUUCUGUACUGAACAAUGGACUGGAAAAAACUGUGAUAAACCUGCAACUCCACCAGCAGAGCCAUAUUUUUUUGCAAGUUACAAUAGAACAUUUUAUCAUGAGUUUGGAAGCACUGUGCUACUCUCUUGUCCAGUGACAGGGUAUCCUCAACCAAACAUAAUCUGGUUUAAGGAUGAUGUGUUGUUGGUCGGUGCCAUAACUGAGGAUUAUGAAAUCAAAAAGCUUGACUUAAACACCAGAGGGAUUUAUCGAUGUGAAGCAACCAAUGAGCUUGGAAGCAUAAAAUCUGAUAACAUGACUGUAAAAAUAAAAGGAUUGGUACAAUAUCUGAUUACUGUUAAAUUUUCUAAAGAAUUCAUUGAUAAUUUUUUUGGGCAUGAAACACGUAGGAGACGACAAGAUGAUGAUGAUACUUAUAAAGCAACAGAAGAACGUUUAAAUGCACUCAUUGGAAGAGUUGAGAGUGAUCUUAUGGUUUUAUUGAAAGAAAACAACUCAUUAGUUUUUGAAUUUGUCAGCAUGGUGCAUCAUGGCAUUGCUACGUCACUAUUGCAGCCUAUACAACUGUUACUCACAAUUUUGUCUGAUACUGGUGGGUCUGAUCUAUUAAAAUCAAUAGUGGAAGAUUCCUUUAAUAAACUGAAGCAAAAACUGGCAAUGGCUUUUGAAACUGAUGGUAAUCCAUUUAGCAGCACUGUUGCAAGAUUUGAUGGUUGUACUCCAGCGACUACAGUAAUUCCUUCACCAAAUGGUGAUCCUAAUUUGGAUUUUGCCUUCCCUUGGCCAGAAACUGACUUAUCUCAAUUAAUAACACUGAGAUGUCCGUGUGGACCAGAGGGCUUCGAUAUUGGAGUGAUAAGAAAUGCAACAAGGAAAUGCGGUGGAAACUUUGAGAAUGGGGCAGUCUGGGAAUCACCAAUUGAUGAAGCAUGUAAUUUCAGUACUAGUGCAAGGGAGCUGUGUGCAUUGGCAUCAUUGGAGGAACCUGUUGAAGUCUUGACUGGUCUAGACAACAUAACUGCUUCCACUGAAGAUAUUGGAUCACUAGAACUCUCAAUCUCUACAGUGUUUGUUGAAAACUUAACAACAAUAGUCAGGGGAGAUAGAACAUUUACAGAAACUUUCUUAACUGUGACAGACAAUUUGUUAAGCAUUAAUGAAAAUGCUAUCAUUGAGAGCAACGAAGAAGCAAGGACAUCUGGAAGAUUGUUGCAAUCCUUUGAAGGAGUGGUAGAUGACAUUCCUGUCAAAUCAACCGAUAAGAAUACAAUUAUACUUCGUACAAAAUUUGCAGUGACUGUUCAAGAACUGAACACUAACAGUUUUGAUGAUGAUGAUAGUCUAAUAUUUAGUGUUACUAACAACACGAAGAAUUUCAGUUCUGCCAAUUCUGUUUCUUUCUCUGAUGAUUUGAAUGAUCCCAGUGGCCAAAUAGUUAUUCCUGGCUCAAUUUUAAUGAAUGUCACUUUGAAUUCUACUGUGCGUCUGACACAGACUGCCUUUGACACUGAUGCUUUGUUUUUGCGUCGAAAUUCACUUCUAAUGAAAUAUUCCUAUCUUCAAGUUGGUAGCAUUCUGGUCUCAGCAAGUUUUGUUGAUUACAAUAUCAGUAACCAAGAAGAUUUGAUUAAUAUUACUAUGAAAAAAGACAAGAUUCAUCAUAUAAAUGCCAUAUGUUCAUAUUGGAACUAUACAGCUGAUGAUUACUAUGGGAAUUGGUCCAAUUAUGGCUGCAGUGUACUUUAUGAAGAUUCAGAUAUUGUUAUCUGUGGCUGCAACCAUCUAACAACCUUUGCAUUGCUACUGGAUGUAUCUCCAGAAGAUGACCCUAAUAGACCACCACCUUUUACAGAGUUUGCUACAGCAUUAACCUUUAUUGGUUGUGCCGUAUCAAUAUUAUGUCUUGUACUGAUUAUACUCACUUACUCCAUUGAAAAGCGUUUAAGGAACACAAACAAUGGAAAGCUACUCAUCAACAUGUCAUGUGCUUUGGUUGGUUUGUACGUUUCUUUCAUUCCUGCAUCAUAUGCAGCACCAAUUGAAGAACUUUGUGUGGUUGUGGGUGCUUUCCUCCACUACUUCUCUCUUGCCACGUUUCUUUCUAUGGCGUCUGAAGCUACUAUACUUUAUGUAGAACUUGUUAAAGUCUUUGCUAGUGGUAAAGGCAAUAUGAUCAUGAAAGCAAUCCUGGUAACAUGGGUGACACCAUUUUUUCUUGUGGUACUUACUCUUGCUCCUGAUUACAAGAAUUAUGUGUAUGACCGACUCUGCAGACCGAAAGAUUGGCAAUACUGGAUUGGAUAUAUAGGGCCUUUCUCUGUAAUUUACAUAUAUAAUUGGAUCAUGUUCCUCAUAAUCAUUAUCUCACUCAGUAAACAGCAGUGCAAAAUGAAAUCACAGACUGGCAAUGCAAACCUGGGGUCUACAACAGCUAAACAGCUCAUGCUAAUGAUAACUCUGAGUGUCCUGUUUGGUCUAGGCUGGGGCCUUGGUUUAGCGUCUACCUCGAAAUUUCCUAUUCAGUGGCUCAGAUAUUCAUUCGAAGUAGCAUUCAUCAUAGCAGUAACAUUUCAAGGACUUUUUAUAUUCAUCUUGUACGGGAUUAAAGUAGUGAAGGUCCGGAAGACGUGGCUCAAGUGGUUUUAUCUUGUCACGGUUCAACGUGAAAAAGCUCAAAAAGUCGAAUACUCAUUGAAGAGCACGUCAUACUCUAUGAGACAAUCAAGCAAGAAACUCAAAGCAAUGACUUAUAGCUUGGGAACGUAUGACAGUGGCAAUGUUGAACUAAAGAAAGUCAAUCAUCAAUCACAAUUCAAUUCCAUGUCGCCUUCUCCAGAACCAGCCGAUAAACCGGCCAUCACAGACUCAACUGUUAAAAAGCUCUUAAUACUCGAAGAAGGGAAGCUAAAAACAGAAAAAUUAGCAAACGGUUGCAAGUCAGAAGAUUUGGACAAUAAAUCAGGUCAAGCUUAAGACUAAAUCACUUUUAUAUAACUCAU